GGCAAACGACGUCACUUGUGCCGAUGCAAGCCGUCGCAUGUUCGGAGUUCUUGGCGCCCAGGGGUCGCCUGGCAUUCUCCACAUCCUCCCUCCUGGGAAUUGCAUCCGAACGACGCUGAGAACAAGAGAGUGCGUGGGUGAUUCGAGGAGCAUGAUACCUGACGUUCUGCAGUUCUAUGACACAAGCCUUCGUUGUCCUUAGGUGUAGACACGCCGCUCUAAGACCCUAUUCCUUCGUCCACUCUGUUCUACAAAAGCACAGGAGGUAUCAGGGCCAUAAGUUGCUCAUCUGUGAAAUCAAGGAGUUCACUGUACUGCCCACCGACCUGGUGCUUGUUCAUGACCGGAUCGACCUAAUUUCGCUCCAGCCCACGAACCGGAUGCCGCUCACGACGUUCAACGAGAGACUCACGGAGUUCUUCGCGAGACAUAGCAAAUUAUGUACCAGGGACGAGGUGGUUGUCCAGGCAUUUUCUACAGUCGACGAAAACGACAUCAAGCCGGAGCAUAUUGGGGGAAGUUGACUGAGAAACUCGAGAAGCUGAAGCCAGUACACUCCAAUAAGUAGUUGCUGGCAAAGCCGGGGUUUGUCCAGACAUCGAGAGGGGAAUAUCACUAGGGGCCAGAGUCCGGCUGCGAGAACUGAAGAACAGUUGCAGGGGGAGAGAGACG